ACUUUAAAUAUACUUCUGCUUCUUGUUUGAAUAUAUUUUCCAUCAUGCAUUGCUCAAAAAAGAAUAUUCUCUUUCUUGCGCUGUUCGUUAUCUUACAACUUGCUCACGCAUUUCAACAAACGAACGUAACAGACGUACAAAAUGUCACCAUUCACAGAAGCAAACGAAUGCUGGGCGAUGCCAAAGAUCCCGUUAUGGUACGUUUCAAACAGAAUUUUCUCGCAGGACUCCUGACAAGCCUAACAGCUAUUACAUGCAAUUAUGUAUCUGAACCAGAUGUGAAAACUUGUACAAUUAAUGUAAAAACGCUGAAAUACAACCACGCGCUUCUAAUUGAGCCAUUCGAUCGUACCCAAUUUCGCUACCCCGAUGAAAAUGGUUUCAUCCAUAUGGCCCACGGAGACCCCAUAUUCUUAACUUGCCCAGGAGAAAACAACAAAUUAGAGGUAGCACCGCUUCGACAAUUCAUGAUGGCCACGUGUGUUUGCGGGCAAAUAUUCGCACCUGAAUUUGGACUGCCGACAGAUUUCAGUGCGUUUACUUGUGAACGACCCCCUGAAAGCGCAAUCGUCUUCAAAGGAAAUUACGCACGCGAGGGCGUUCUUAGUAAAUACGAAGUUGGAUUCUACACAGAAAACGAGUACUUCUUAAAACUCAUGGAUAUUGAUUACGACAAUCUGGCAACAUCGACCACGUAUGUGAAGUCGAUGAUUUCUAAAUGGAUUGCUGGUAGCCAGAAAACACCUAAGAACAGGCGAUUCGACCAAACUUACUGCUGUGGAACUCUAACUAUAGAUAUGGAUAACGCUUACAAUAUUGACACUCAGUAUAAUAGUUUUAAAAAUCAAAUGACGUGCACCGGAGAUGAGAACUGCAAAUUUUUCGACAAAUCCACUGGCAUCUUUUUCAAUCGUGGUCAUCUGACACCGAAGUCCACCUUCGUUUACACCGCUGCCGGUGUCGCCACGUUUCGUUACGUGAACACAGCACCUCAAUAUAAGCCUGUUAACGAUGGCAAUUGGGCUCGUAUGGAAGAACACAUUGUGGAAUUGGCAGCCAAUCUUAAGAAAGACCUUGUAACAAUCACUGGAGUUUUAAGUAUCUUACAACUGAUCGAUACAGCGGAUUCCAACAUUGUGAAAUUUAUACACCUUUAUAAAACGGAUGAACUGAGGGCUAUGCAAGUGCCGCUAUACUUCUAUAAGCUUGUACAUGAUCCCCUUAGCAACAGAGGGAUAGUCUACGUGACUGUGAAUAAUCCAUUCAUAAAUUAUGAAGAGGUAAGCGACUAUCACAUUUGCGCUGAGCCCAUGUUUCAGAUACCUGGGGGUAGAGUACCGGCAAAAUGGAAGCCUAAAUCUGUAGGCAAGGGAUACAGUUACAUUUGCAAGGUUUCCGAUUUUCUGGCACAUAAUAUUGUAAAUUUCGAUGUUACCGAAUUUCAAAAUGUGAAUGAAUUACUUUAUGAAAGCAAACCCAACAGCGAUAGAGCGUCUAACGAGGUUGAAAAUCACACUACGGAAUCGCAUCCACCACAAAGAGACGAAUUAAAAUGAUGUAUAGGCGCAUUAAUGUAACCAAAUUAAAAUACAAAUUACAUUACUUUAGCAUGCAAA